AUGGGGGUCGACCCCUUGUCUCCAAUAGCGCCGGCGCGCCUGAGGGCGUUGCUACUUCCAAUUGGCAAAAUCAAGCGCUCGCGGUUCUUGAGCUUUGCUGCCCGACUCCAAGCUGAGAAUGUGGUCCGGUUAGGGGAUAUCAGCCCCGAUUCACGACCAAAUCGAAAUAUGUUUUCUCCCCUCGCAUUCCCCACUGGAAUGAUUCUUUACGACCUAUCCUUCUCGAGCUCUGGAAUAAAUGAGAAACACCCAACACCCGAGGGCUUGGACAUAUUGCUGGAGGAGCUUGAUGCGGUGAAGGAAAGAAAUCCGCGAGCAUUGGUGAACCAGCUCCUGGUGUUUGAUUAUGAAGGCCUUGGGAAGAUUACGAAUGGACCGGACAAUGUGCUCUGGGUUCCUCGCCCUGAAGCCUCUAAAGCGACUACUAUGAAAACGGUUCUAUGUGACAUCACAUCGGUACUACUCGGGGAGCUUGAUGAGUUCGCAAAGACAAUCCAAAGUAUCCCGUCGAUCGAGUCCCCCAAAGCUUCCUCAUGGGGACCACAUCGCAACCCCGAGCUACGACCUCGGCCAGUAGACCGACUACUGAACCGCAUGACCUUGCCUGCGCAGCUGCCUUCAAGCCCCAAUGGGGGACCACCAGAAACACCUUUAAGCUCCAAUGCCAGCUCACCCGCACCUAGUGAUCACGAAACUCCGACAACUUUCGAUGAAAUCACAAGGUCAAUUCAUCUAUCACGCACGAAUUCCGGGGGUAGAAGCCCUUCGAUAAGUUCGCCCAAGGAGCAUAGUCGGGAUCGAAUGUCUGUGAGCGGAUUGAGUGCCACUGAUCGAACGAAGAAUAGAAUCAAAGGCCGUGCUGGAGUCGUUAUUGGUACUCUUUUCCUGCAGGCAGGAAGAUGGCCUGAUGCUCUCAAGGAACUGUCCGAGGCGGCGAAUAAUGCCCGAGCAGGAAGUGAUUAUAUCUGGCAUGGCAAGGCACUUGAAUCCAUUCUUCUUUGUCUGCUUAUGAUGGGGUGGGCAGGUAUGGAUUUUCAGAUCCCCAAUGUGCUCUAUCCUGCUUCCGAAAAAACAAACAAGGCAAUUAGAGACUCCAUUAAUGCUCCCACGGCUGGUAACCGGAUAGUAUCUCUUCAAAACCUGGCCAAUUUAUUGCCAGAUCUUUCGAAUACGAUUCUGAACCUCCACAACCGCGCUGCCAAUAUCACCGAUGAGCCUCUUCCUCAGUUGGUCUUUUCGGAAACGCCGGAACUACCUCGGGGAACAGUUGUGCUCCGAAAGACAGACAUUGCCAACUUCCUUUUCCGUGCUCUUCCACUUUCUCCGGGUGCGGACUUGCCAGCUACCGAUUAUGUUCCUAUCGUAGUUGGUGUUGUAUCCGUCUUGAACAUUCUCGACUUACCUCGGAAGAAAGCAUUUGUGAUGCGCGAGCUUUUGUCUGUGAUGAUCCCUACUCUUGUACAGGCUCGGAAGAUCGGCGCUGCGGAAGUGGGCAUUCACCCCGCUGCAGGACUAGCGUCUCUGAGCGAUACUGUCUUUGAUGUCAAUGCUCUUGAUGUGGGCCCUGGUAAUAUGGAAUCAAGUGUCCGUCUUCUUCUAGCCACGAUAGGCGAGAUAUACGGUGUUCAGCCCUCUUCAUUUUAUGAAUGGGAGAAGCGUCUUAGCCAGUCAUCUGCCCCCGGUGACUAUGACUCGGUUGCAGCAAUUGCGGAGCGUUCAUUCAGACACUGUGUUCUGGACGGUUACGGUGACCUCAACCUCAAGAUUGACGUGCUCAAGGCGUGCAUCAACUGCUGUGAAGCACUUCCUGAUUUUGAUGGUGUCUUACGCUUCACCGUCGAGCUCAUGCAAACUAUUCGAGGAGACUUAAUGCUCGGGGAGAAUUACAAGGUACCUCCAUACUUGCCUCAGGAUGAGCAAAUUCGCCUGUUGAAUAAUAUAAAGCGAACUGUCGGUGCGGCUAACCGGCUGGGAGCCUCGGAUAUGGCUGCAGAAUACUGGGAUGACUUCCUCGUGCGCGAUGUACAGCUGCUUGCGUUACCUGCUCCCAGGCGGCCUGUCCGUAGGUCUAAAACUGAGCUACAGGCCGUGACAACGGGCUCUGAUAAGUCAAAGAAAGACCCGUUCUUAUACAACCCUUUUGCCAAGCCAAGCAGCAAGGCUCUUGAGAUGCUUGCUGUGAUGGAUGAGCCUGCUUCAUUCCGUGUCACGCUCCAGAACCCUUAUGAGUUUGAAAUUGAGAUCGAGUAUUUGGAACUAGAAGGUGAAGGCCUAUCGUUCGAUGCUGUGGCGGAGAACAUCACUCUUCCUCCCCUUUGCCUCCAGGAAGUCAUUGUCUUGGGGACAGCCCAUGGAGAUGGCAACCUCAACAUCUCCAAUUGCGUUGUGAAGGUACGAAAUUGUCGGAAGCGGAAAUUCCCUAUCUUCAGGUCUUUCUGGAAGCCCGACCCAGAGGUGAAAUUCAAGCGAACAGGGCUCGCAGCAAAAAAACCCCUCAACGAACGUCCAACAUCUUGGAGUUCGACAACAUCAAAGGAUGGGAAGACGCUGUCGAAAAAGGGCCCUGAAACUGAAACAUGCGAAGUUAAAGUCAUCGGCAAACAACCGUCUUUGGUCAUCGAGUCGAUGUCGCUCUCGCAAUCUGCGAUGAUGGUUCUGGAAGGCGAAAUUAGAUCGUUCACCAUCACCCUGCAGAAUACCUCCUCUUGCCCAGUGGAUUUUGUCUUGUUCACGUUCCAAGAUUCAACCACCAAACAACUCCAAUCGGCUCUUAAAAACAAAAACCUUCUUCCAGUUGAAAUCUACGAGUUGGAACUGAAGCUAGCCACCCAGCCAGCCUUGCGAUGGCGCCGCGAAGAUUCAGACACGAAGGAUUGCUCAAUCCCACCAAAACAGAAAGCUACCUUCACAGUAGACGUCCUUGGUAAACCUGGUUUACAAGAUACGACCGUGCAGAUCGACUACUCGUGUCUUGGAACCAAGCAAGAUGACUUGCCUGAGGUCUUCUAUACUCGACAGCUGUUUGUCCCGCUGACUGUGACGGUAAAUGCCAGCGUUGAGGUUGCUCGAUGCGAUGUUCUGCCAUUCAGCGGUGACUUUGCAUGGAGGAAUAACAUCAAUUCUCCUGUCCAAUCCGAGCAAGAGCCCAACUCGCCCCUUUCUACGACCGACCACGACCCCUUCUCUCAGGUUCUAUCUCGCCUUGGUAAUGGAGCUUAUGGUCCAGAUCACUGCGUUGUGCUGUUAGAUCUGCGAAAUGCUUGGCCAAGUCCUUUGUCGGUGUGGCUGCGCGUUGACGAACACUCCAUCUUCGGAAUGGGUGACCACAUCGGUCAAUACUCAGUCGAUGGCGACCUCCAACCUGGCCAGACAUCUCGAUUCGUUCUUGUACUACCCCGCGUCUACUUGGAUAACCCUCAUGCAACAAUUCCCGUCGUCAACACUGGUACACGUCGGCAAUUCGUUGUCAGCGCGAACAAAUUAACCUUUGAGGCCGAGGCAGCUUCAAGAGAAUCCUUCUGGUUCCGCGAGGAAUUCCUCAAACGAGUUAUUGGUGGCUGGAGCGAGCCAGCUACUGGCCGCAAGGGGUCAAUCGACCUUCGCAACAUCCGCAUGAACGCUCGCAUGGUGGAAGCCAUGCGUCUCGAGGACGUGGAAAUGACAUUUUCUCUCACAUCUCCAUCAACGGCCUCGGCCUCGGCCGAAUCAUCAGACGCAAUUACCCAAAGCGGCCGUUCUCGCUUCCGCGUCAUGACAGACGACCUCUUGACCCUAAAUGUGAAUGUGCACAACCGUUCCUCACGUCCUGUCCAUCCGCUGCUCCGUCUUCAGCCUAGUCUCCGCCAUCAGCCCAAUAAUGUCGCGUUGGAUCUUACGCGCCGUCUCGCUUGGAGCGGUAUGCUACAGCAGGCUCUACCAAUCCUGCAGAGUGGUGAAUCAACGCAAGCAUCUAUCGGCGUGACGGUGCUAUGCAGAGGCGAGUACGAGUUCGGUGCGAGCGUCGAAGAAGCGCGGCUCCUACGAAGCUUCGGCGAAGAGCCUAAAGGAGAUGACGACCCCCAUGAUGAUAGCAUCCAGGAUACAUUUGGCGCGGAUGUCGUGAGACGACGACGCAUCUGGCAUGCGAAGGAAACCUGUAUCAUCCAUGCACGGGACUGA